AAGGAUUUCCACUCUUAGAUACUCUUAGCAAGGCACGCGUGUGUGUGUGCCCGUUGUGCAGCCAUGGGCGUGCGCGGGCUGUUGAAGCUCCUGAGGCAGAAAGUGCAGCCUGAGGUAGAGGAACUGGAGGAAGCUGCGGAGGGGCAGCCCAACCAUCACUUGGUGGUGGACUUUCAGCCCUUCGCUUUCUGGCUUCUCCAGUCUUUCCAGGACGAGAUUGCGUCCUGGGACUUCGAGGCUGCUGGCGCUCGGGCACAAAGCUUCGUGCAGCGACUGCGGCGCUGCGGCGUGGCCUGUGAGUUCGUGGACGACGGGGCGCGAGGCACCGGCGGGCUGGAGAAGCUGGACGAGUGGAAAUCGCGAGCCAACGAGCAACUGAGAGACGUGAGGAAGCUCAAGGAAUUCCUGGAAGGCACUGGCGCUGCACGGCCGCAGCUCCAGCGCGGGGCCCUCUUCACGCAUGCUGUGCAGGAGGGCUUGAGGGCCGCAGGCGCCAGGGUGCAGGUCGCGGACGGCGAGGCGGACCCGGUCUUGGCACUGCGGCUCAGCGAUCCCAAGACGCUGGCGAUCCUGGGGAACGACACUGACUUCGUGCUUAUGAGGCACGGCAAGUUCGUCCACCUUGAUGAGCUUGACCAAGCCAAGUGGCUGAACGGCCAUGGGCCCUUGCGUGUGCCCAUUUGGACACGCCAAGCGCUGGCCGAUACCCUGAAGGUCCCGGAGGAAGUGCUGCCGAUGGCUGCGGCGCUCUGCGGCAACGACCACUCCCGAGGGCUUAUCGACAGGUGCCGGAAGCGUGGCCUGCCAGGGCCCACUGGCGGUAACCUUAGCGACGACUUCCAGGCCCUUGCGAAGCUGCUGCAGGAUCAAGGCAGCCAUGGUGGCCUCGCUUUUGCGGCUGCGCUUGGUCUGCUGAGCCCUGCCUUGCCCACUGCGGAUGAUGCGCGGGAGGCCGAGCAGGUGCUCCAUGAAGUCCAAAAGUUCUACUGUCCGUCAGCCGAGCUGCUGGAGAAGCCCCGCCUGGAGUGCAAGGUCUCUGCCAUGGUCCACGACCAAGUGCAUGCCGGCGAUCUGCCCAAGUGGUGUUUUCCUCUGGCAGCCCACGGCCUCUACUACGGCGCGAGGCUUUUAGAGGAUCCAGGCAUCGGCAGCAGCAGCUGCUCGCGGCUGUUGCAGCUCAAGGAAGCAGCCUUUGGGAUCCUGGCGCCCCGUGUGCCCCAAGGCGUGCAGGUACGCCUGCUGGGGCCAUCAAAUGUGGCAACCUUCCGGGAUGAGGUGGCCACGUAUCCUGUGCUCACCGACCUCUUGAGCCUCCAGGCCUGGCCUCUGCCGCAGCGCCUUGUGCUUUGGGCCAAGUGCCUGGGUUCUCCGCUGGGGCUCCCCGAGCCCGAGCCCUCCGAGCCCUCCGAGCCCUCGCAGCUCUCCGAGCCCAAGGCGCUGCGAGAGGUGCACCUCUGGGCACUGCGGUGGAGCGCGUCGGCCAGCCAUCUGAAGCUCGACACUGCGGAGCUUGAGGCGCUGCUGGCGACUGCCCUGCUGCUGAUCGCCCGCGCCCCCAGACCCGGACAUAUGGAGAAGGCGAGCUGGAGGUGCACGUGCUUGGGCAUGUGGUAUCAACAAGUGAUUGGGAGCAUCUUGGACCUCGCGCGGAUCAUGAAGGUCUUGCCUGCUGUAUCCCCGGCGCGGCUCUUCCACGGCCCGACUUUUCAGCAGCUCCUUUUGCUCUUCGCGCGCCACCCCGACACUCCCCCGCGCCGACGCGGGAAGAUGGGCUUCCGCGGCCCCACAGUGGACCUGGCGACGUUGGGCAAUUCUGAGGAGGAGUUGCUGAAGAUCCGGGAGACAGCGACCUUUCGAGCCUGGCGCGAAGAGGUCCUGCAAGGCCUCCAAGUGGAGGUGAAGAAGUCGGAGCCGGCUUGCACGGUCAACCCUUUCCACACACCCGACAUGGCAGACGGGGUCGCGCCCGGUGUGAAGGGUUUGCCCAUCGAAGCGCACAAGGCGGCGCUGUGCGCGACUCUUCUGCAGCACCGCGUCACCUGCGUGCAUGGCGAGACGGGCUCGGGGAAGAGUACCCAAGUGCCGCAGUAUUUGCUAGAACUAUUUGACGGCGCUCAGAUUGCUGUGACGCAGCCCAGACGGAUGGCAGCCAUCAAUUUGGCCAAAAGGGUGGCGAAGGAGAGGGGAGAAGCUUUGGGCGAGACGGUGGGCUACCGCAUUGGUGGCGACAGCGCUGUAGGCCGGCAACUGAAUUUCCAAACCACUGGCUGGCUGCUGAGAGCAUUGGUCAGCGACACCAACCGCCUGGGCAAGCUCACCCAUGUUGUCUUCGACGAGAUCCAUGAGCGCUCGGCGGACGCAGACUUCCUAAGCUUGGUAGUCCGGCUUCUGCUGCACCGCUUCCCGACGGUGCGGUUGGCUGCCUUGCGACCGACAGCCACAGUAGAGUUGGUGAUCAUGUCUGCCACAUUGCAGGCGAACCUCUUCAGGAGCUACUUCCGCGAGCUGCAGCUCAACGAGGAGGAGGUCCCCGUGGUCCCUGUAGGCGGACGGUGCUUCAAGGUGCAGCCAGUCUUCCUAGAUGAGCUCCAGGACUUCUGCGGUGCGGCGCUGGGCGAGAGAAACUCGGCGCUGCUGGCGCGGAUGCAGCAAAAGUUUAAGGACCAAGACAUGGCCACGAAGUCCUCCCAGGCCUUGGCCGAGUUCUGUUCAUCGAUGUCACCGCUGGUGAUUUCCCUCUUGAGCUUCCUGGCGCGACCCAGGUGCACCAUCCUCGUCUUUCUGCCAGGGAUCCUCGAAAUCACGAGCAUCUAUGAGGAGUGCCAGAGCUACCUUCAUGCCAUCGACGGCGCAGAGGAGUCCGAGGAGAGAGAAGCGCAAACAAAGCCCUCCAAGAUGCUGGAAUACAAGGUCUUCGCGAUGCAUUCGCAGAUCCCCACGGAGGACCAGAUGCAUGUCUUCCAGGAGCCGAAGCCAGGAGUGUGCCACUUCGUGCUCGCUUCCAAUGUGGCGGAGAGCUCCUUGACGCUGCCCAACGUGUGUGCGGUGAUCGACCUGGGCUUGCACAAGCAGCAGGUCUACAACCAUCGCCUCAGGAUGACCUACCUCUCCCUAAAGUGGACCAGCCGAGCCUCCGCACACCAGCGGAGCGGGCGCGCGGGCCGCACCAUGGAGGGUGUCGCUGUCCGGCUGUAUCCGAAGAAGUUCUAUGAGGCUUUGCCGGAGUUCGACCGGCCGGAGACCGCCUCCUUGCCCCUGCCACGACUCUACUUGCAGGCAAAGCAGCUCUCAUCAGACUUGGCCUCCGGUGGCGCGGAGGCGCCGGGCAGCGCUUGCUCGGUGCUCAGCGGACUGGUGGACCCCCCCGACCUGUCGAUCAUCGAGGCCUCGCGCCGAGAGCUCGCGGAAGGCCACGCGCUCGCGAGCCCCGAGGAGGAGGCUGACAUGACGAGCGUCGGAAAGGCGUGCUUGAGCCUCCCUUUUGAUCUCAGCCUUUGCCGCUUGGUGUGGCUCAGCGUCCAUUGGGGGUGUGCUGCAGAUGGGGUGAUCUUGGCUUGCAGCUUGUCGGUCCAGGACCCCUUCUCGAGCCCUUCCGCUUUCACUUGCCCGGACUUGGUGGAGUUAGGCCAAAAGCUCCGGCGGAGCAAUGCGAGCCGCCGGAAGUUUGACGCCGGCAGAGCCUCUCAACCCCUGGCGCUGAGGGAACUCUUCAAGGAGUUUUGGCACACCUUGAAGGCGGCCCCUGGCCAGAAUGGCCGCCGUGCUUGGCUGAAGCACGCGCACAACAUGGCGGCGACGAACGCCGUGAUCCCGCGGCGCCUGACGGAGUUCGUCGCGCAGGUGGAGGAGGUGGCGCAACGAUUGCUGGCCAUCGUGAAGAAGGAAAGCAAAGUGGAGAGGCAGCUGGCAGCGCUUUUGAAAGGCUUGGGUCGGAGAGCGCUGGGGGCGGCGGGUGCCGCAGCGGCGGCAGAUGACGCGGGCUAUGAGGGGCCCACAAUCUGGGAACAGGGCGAGGAGGUGUGGCAGGAUGUCCCCAACGCAGCUCGAAAGCCUUGCUACAAGGUCUUUGAAAAGAACGUAGCUGUGCUUCGGGCCCUGCUGGCGGCGAGCUUCUCCGAGCGCCUGAUGGUCACGCGGAAGCCUGUCCGGAAAGCCGACUGGCAGCUCUGCAGCAUGGCGCAGCUUUGUGACCCCCGCAGGAGCUUGCUGCUGACGCUACCUGAAGGUAUCGAUGGCGACCCUUGCAAGUUCCUCGCCUUGAUGACGGGAUCCGCCAGUGCCAACCUCAAAAACUGUGGGCCCAUCGGCGAGGACUACCUGUGCAUUGAAGUUCCGGCAAACCCUGACGAGGUUGGCAAGGCUUCCGAGAGUGGCGACUCCGACACAGACUCGGAAGACUUGCCGCGGGACAUCCUGGGGGAGCUGCACAUCUUCAACCAAGUGGCACGUGGGAGGCAAAGUGCUUGCCAGAUAGUCAAGUCAAAGCUGACGGGAGAAGAUGCGGAUGGGGAGAUCGUGCAAUUGACUGUGAGGCGCCCAGUCCACCCCUGCGAGCUGCAGUGGGAGGUGCACGCACCGGCCGAGGAGGAUCAGAAGGGCCGCUCCAGCGUCGUGAGGAAGGGCAUUGUGGACUCCUCCAGCCCCUUGGGCUUCCUUUGCGACGUGGACUCGGAAAAGCGGGACUGGUUCGCCUGCUGCAGCAAUGUGGCCUACACCGAGGGCUCGAUUUGUUUCCCUUCAGGGUUGACAGUCUUGCGCCAGCAGCACUUAAAGUUCUUCUUGUUGACGGUUGAUCCUCAAGUCGCUGGCCUGGCCAUCCGCGUCAGCGAGGGUGGGCUCACUGGCAUGCGGAUGCACCGGAAGGAGCUGCAGCUGGCGGUAAGCCCAGAGGAGCUCCGCUUCAUUGAUGCCUUCCGUGCUUCCCUGCGGGAGGCCAUGCUCAGCCCAGAGGCCUUGCACGAGACGUCGCAGUUGCCCGAACUCCGGGCCUUCUGCCUCGACGUGAAAGACGAGGGCGAGACUCACUCCGCGCGCGCGUGGGGUAGCUGGGUUGUGCCGUGCCGGUGUGGCUUGGCGGGUGCCGUGCUUCCUGGGAUGGAGCCGCUGCUGCUGGCUGAUUCGCAGGCGGGCGUCCUCGCGCAUCCUACCGAGGGGAAGGCGAAGAAGAAGGAGAAGAAAAAGCUGGAGAAGGACAAGAGCAAGCAAAAGGAGAAAAUCAAGCCCAGAGGACAAGAGAACCGUCCAUCAGGCUGGACAAAAGUCAUCAAGCUUGCAAAGGAGGUGCUUCCCAACGCCGAACAAAGAGAGCGUUGAUGAGUUGCAUGCCCCUGCAGCCUGAUAAUUAAUCCCGUUUUGGCGAUCCAGGGUCUCUUCCGCGGAAGGCGCUCUUGAAGAUUGCGGCUGGUGCGUAGACGGCGCGGUCAAGCCAUGCUGUUCUGUCUCGUCAAAAGGACAGUCUGCUUCCAGGUACCAAACCUCCUUCAAGUAGGCAUAUCCCUGCGGUCGCAAGCAUUUUCUUGCAACGCUUGGCCUUUUGAAUCUCGGAUUGUUUUUUGUUUGAAUGUGGCGGUGCGGUUGGGCCGGCAAAGGAUUGGCCA